UACUACGCGAGUUCUUUCUCCUUAGACUCAGGGUCUGGGCAAUGGGGCCCGGACCCCUACUCCUCCUGCUCUCCGGGGCCCUGGCCCUGACGGAGACAUGGGCAGGCCCACACACCCUGAGAUAUUUCGGCACCUUAAUGUCCAGACUUGGGAAGUCCCAGUACAUCAAGGUCGCCUACUUGGACGACACGGAGGUCAUGCGGUUCGACAGCGACCUCCCGCACCCAAGGGCGAAGCCGGGGUUGCUGUGGAAGGAGCAGCCGUGGGUGCAGCAGGAGGAUCCGGAGUUUUGGGAGGAGCAGACGCGGCUCUGCCACUACUGCGGACAGCUUUCCGGAGCAAAAAUGAACAACCUGCGCUCCUACUACAACCAGAGCGAGGACGGGUCUCACACCUUCCAGGUUCUUUCUGCCUGCGUGGUGGGGUCUGGCGGGCGCUUCCUACGUGGGUACGGUCACUACGCCUACGAUGGCACUGAAACCUUCACCCUGAACUUGGAACUGAGUCCCAGAACCAAAGCCAACAAGACCGCCCAGAUCACCAUACUGCGCAAUUUGUUGCACCAAGAGGAUGUGGAGGGUUGGAGGGACUAUCUGGAGCACAGGUGCGCAAGGCGGCUCCGCCUGUUCCUGGAGAAGGGGAAAGAGACUCUGCUCCGAGCAGACCCUCCAAAGACACACGUGACCCACCACCCCAUCUCUCACCAUGAGGUCACCCUGAGGUGCUGGGCCCUGGGCUUCUACCCUGCUGACAUCACCCUGACCUGGCAGCAUGAAGGGGAGGACCUAACCCAGGACAUGGAGCUGGUGGAGACCAGGCCUUCGGGGGAUGGAACCUUCCAGAAGUGGGCAGCUGUGGUCGUGCCCCCUGGAGAGGAGCAGAGAUACACAUGCCAUGUGCAGCACCAGGGGCUGCCUGAGCCCCUGACCCUGAGAUGGGACCCCCCUCCUCAGACCACCAUGACCAUAGUGGGCAUCACUGCUGCCCUAGGUCUCAUUGGAGCUGUGGCUGCUGGAGCUGUGAUGUGGAGGAGGAAGUGCUCAGGCAGAGGCAGGAAGAGCUACUCUCAGGCUGCCUGCAGCGACAGUGCCCAGGGCUCUGAUGUGUCUCUCACAGCUCCUAAGGCGUGACAGAGCUGCUUUCUACAGGAGUUGGUGCUAAAAUAGUCACUGCAGCCUCCCCUUCAGACUUUAAGGAUCUCUGCUGUUUCUAUACUUAGCACUGGAACAUCAUAUGUAUAUAAAUAAAUAAAAAAUG